CUUUGUCCUAGACCCAUCUCCUGAACUCCCAACAGCCUCCCCCUAAACUCAACACUUUGAAAAUCCAGGCUGGUCCUUCCCAAGCCUGCAUCACAUGCAGCAUUCCCUGGGUCAGUUGGUGGCACUUCCAGUUGGUCCAUUGGCUCAGGCCCAAAUCCCUCGGAGUCAUGUUCAAGCGCCUACACCUCAUAUCCUGUAGGAAAUCCUGUUUGCUCUGCUUUGUAAACAUCUAGAGCCUGAACGAUCCACUCUUUAUCCUUUCCUCUCUCUUGACAUGCUCCAAAAGUCUCCUGACAGGUCUUCGUGAUUCUCAACGUAGCAGCUCCAGAGCCCCUCUCAAAGGCCGUAACCAUCAUGCAACCUUGGGUAGCCAUCUCUGGCCUCCUGCUACUUCUGACGGAUGCUGUAGUUUCUUACACUCAAGUGAUGGGCGUGGUGGGUCACUCCAUCACGCUGCCCUGCACCUACUCAACAGCCCCUGGAGUCACUACCAUGUGCUGGGGUCGAGGGGCAUGUCCCAUGUCCCGUUGCUCCGAUGAAGUGGUCUGGACUAAUGGAUCCCAUGUCACCGUUCGGAAACACCCACGUUAUAAGCUAAAGGGAAACAUUUUAAGAGGGAACGUGUCUUUGACCAUAGAGAAUGUGGCCCAGACUGACCGUGGUCUCUACUGUUGCCGUGUUGAGCACAGGGGGUGGUUCAAUGAUAUGAAACGCACCCUGUCACUGGAGAUAAAGCCAGCUGAGGUCACCAGUGUUCCAACGUCACCUAGGGUCUUUACCUCUACUUCUUCAACGCCAGCACCCACGCAGAACCUCAAGCCAGAAACUACUUCACCCUCUGCCAGGCAGACAGCAGGAACCCAGCCUACUGGGCCACGGGAAAGGAGCACAAGACAGCCCACCGAUUCACCAUUGUACUCCUGCCCCACCGAUGGGAAUGGCACUGUGACACAGUCUUCAGAUGGCCUUUGGCAUAGCAAUCAAACUCAUGUGUUGCUGGCACAGAAUCCGUGGAUGACCACCAGUAAGGGACUGUACAUCGGCAUUUGUGUUACUGCUGUGGUAUUGUUCACUGUGCUGGUCGUCGUGAUUACCAAAAAAUAUUUCUGCGUAAGAAACAAGCUGGAACAACUAAACAUGGUUUGCAUGAACGACCCUCGGACUGGAGCUUUGCAAAGUGCAGCCGAAGUGGGCAUCCGAGCAGAAGACAAUAUCUACAUUAUUGAGGACAAUGUUUAUGUCAUGGAUUAAGACCCAGUGGCCCUCUAAGGAUUUAUGUCCUUAACUGUGGGAGACAAUGACAAGAUACCACCAUGUCAGAGUUCUUGUAAUCCCUAGAAUGAUUUUUCUGUUAAUUUCCAAUGAUACUCCAACAUAUCAGUUAUGUUGGGUAGAGUGCCUGGUUCAUCUGUGUAUAGUUACCCUCAUUGGCCAUAGAGUCCUAAUUUUUUAUGCUAAAACUUAAUUCAC